AACCCUGCUGGGUUUUCUCUCCUUUCUUGCAGGUGAAGUGAAGGCAGGAAGAGGAGUCUGAGAGACUGCGUGCUGCGACCGUUUCCGAUCCAGGGCAUUAGGAUGGCUUCCAUGCUGCUGUGCCGCCAGCUCGCUGUCAAUCUGCAGCAGAACCUGCGACUGUCGGCACCACGUUACAGAUGCAUCAGCAAGGCUGCGACUAAGAGCUCUCCAGAUGUUGAGUUUGAUGGGCCUUCCAUGAAGACUGAGGUUCCUGGUCCCAGAUCCAGGGAGUUGACAGAACAGCUGGAUAAGAUCCAGAACACCGGGGCGAUAAACUUCUUCUGCAACUACGAGGAGAGCCGAGGGAAUUAUCUGGUGGACGUGGACGGGAACAGGAUGCUGGACCUCUACACUCAGAUCUCAUCCAUCCCCAUCGGUUACAAUCACCCAGCCCUCCUCAAAGUAAUGCAGAACCCGCAGAAUUUGAGUGCUUUUGUGAACAGACCCGCUCUGGGGAUUCUGCCUCCAGAGAACUUCCCUGGGAACCUGUUGGAUGCGUUGCUGUCAGUCGCCCCCAGAGGUCUCCGCAAGGUGCAGACCAUGGCCUGCGGGUCCUGCUCCAAUGAAAACGCCUACAAGGCAGCCUUCAUCUGGUACAGAAACAAGGAGAGGGGGAACAUGAAGCCCACCAAAGAGGAUCUGGAUUCUUGUUUGAGCAACCAGGCUCCUGGAUGCCCUGAGUUCAGCAUCCUGUCAUUCAUGGGUGGAUUCCACGGUCGGACUCUAGGCUGCCUCGCUACAACGCACUCCAAGGCCGUGCACAAGCUGGACAUACCCACGUUCGACUGGCCCGUCGCCCCGUUCCCCAGGCUGCGCUACCCGCUGGAGGAGUUCGUGCGGGAGAACGCGCAGGAGGAGGCGCGCUGCCUGGAGGAGGUGGAGGACCUCAUCGUGAAGUACAGGAAGAUUGGCAAGACGGUGGCCGGGAUCGUGGUGGAGCCCAUCCAGUCCGAGGGAGGGGACAACCACGCCUCUGUAGACUUCUUCAAGAAGCUCAGAGACAUUGCCAGGAAGCACGGCUGUGUGUUCCAUGUGGAUGAGGUCCAGACUGGGGGGGGCGGCACUGGGAAGUUCUGGGCCCACGAACACUGGGGGAUGGACGACCCAGCCGACAUUGUCUCCUUCAGUAAGAAGAUGCUCACUGGAGGAUACUUCCACAAGGACGAGCUGACUCCUGCUGAGCCGUACCGAAUCUUCAACACGUGGAUGGGAGACCCAUCCAAGAACCUGCUCCUGAAUGAAGUCCUCAACGUGAUCCGGACUGACAGUCUGCUGGAAGAGGUUUCCCGGGCCGGGAAAGUGCUGAUGGAUGGGCUGUAUGAUUUCCAGGCUCGCUACCCCCAUCUUCUGAGUGCAGCCAGGGGUCAGGGCACCUUCCUAGCCAUCGACGUGAGAGAUGAUGCAACGCGCAACAUCCUGAUCAUGAAGGCCAGGAACAAAGGUGUCGUUCUUGGAGGCUGCGGAGAGCGUUCCAUUCGGUUCCGCCCCUCCUUGGUCUUCAAACAGCAUCACGCCCAUGUCUUCUUGAACAUCUUCAACGACAUCCUAGCGGAGUACAAGUAGGGUGCAAGAGAGCCCCGCUUCACAGCAAAGCACAAGGUCCAAACCCCUCCCUCGAGCAAUCAAAAUGAGCCAAUCACAAGCCUCGGUUAAGAACCAUUACAUACAAGCAAACAGCGACGCACAGUGGGGAGUUCUAGAAUUUUAAAUAUCGUUAAAAAAAAAUAAUAAUUAGAAUUGUUUUGAUUUAUAUAAGCGCUCCAGCAAAAUAGUAAUCCCUGUCAUCCACCCAGCAGGGAAUGCUGCUGGGUGGAUGCCAGCAAAAACCGUCCCUUUCCAUGCCGACAGGAUUCGCAUACAGUAGAGCCCAUUGGAACUGUGGAGCUGGGGGGACACUAUUGACUGAAGGACGGGGUUUCAGCCCUUCAUAUCUUAGCAGAUGAAUAGCUACUGCAGUUUGUGAUUUUUAAAAGCGUGGGCCUAUUUAGUAUUUUAAUGCAACCCAUUGUUGCAAGUUAGUGUCAGGGUAAGCUUUGGCAUUGCAGUUCCACUGGUACGUGUGUAGUCCACCAGCGAUGAGGCGGGGCUUGCUGUUUGAAAUGACAUUACCCAUGCAGCCCAAAGCCUAUCCUGUGUCCGCUCCCUCUCGUAUCUGAAGGCCUACCGCGUGGACUCUUUUUCAAGCAGUGCGGCUCUGCUGUACGGCACAGAAAAGGAAGGUUUGCGCCCCUCUGCAGGCGAGCUCUGCUUGGGCUAACAGCCCAGAUCCAAGGCCAGCUCUCUUUAUGAAAGGUGUGGGUGCACUCUCCCGACCGUUGCAGUUUGGAUAAUCUAGAUAAGCACAACGCGUUUCUUUUUCUAUACUGGAAGCGAAAAAGCAAUACCUUAAUUACACGAUAAGAGAUGGAGAGCACACAUGGAACUGUCAUUGAAGAAAUAAACGGUAUAAUACACACGGGUUAAAUGAACAGUAUAACACACUCUACACGCAGUUUAAGUGAAGAGUAUAACGCACUCUACACGCAGUUUAAGUGAAGAGUAUAACGCCCUCUACACGCAGUUUAAGUGAAGAGUAUAACGCCCUCUACACGCAGUUUAAGUGAACAGUAUAAUGCACUCUACAUGCAGUUUAAGUGAACAGUAUAAUGCACUCUACACGCAGUUUAAGUGAACAGUAUAAUACACUUGUUCCCAUCCCUGUGAUAUUACUGAAUGAGCACGUGCCAGGAAUCUGAGCGAUCACGCCUUUGCUAACGCCACUGGAGCCUCAUCACAGCACACACGAGUCUCAUCUGAGUCUGAGGGCUUACUGUGAGGAGGUGUUCAUAUAGUUGUAGUGGAGGAAUGAUAGUGCAAGUUUCUCACCCUGCUGUAUUAUUAAAAGCAUUUAUUCACAGGAGGUUAUGAACAUCAUUGCAUGGUUUCUUCUGUUUAGCCUUCUGUCCCUAAACGUGCCCCUUCACCAGACGAGCGAAGGUAAGGGUGAUAAGGGAGAUGGUCUUUCAAGCUGUGAGUCAUGGAAAUACAACGUGACUCCCAUCAGACAGGAUCUUCCACACCCCUCCCCUUCAUCUUUAAUGGGCUUGGACUAUUCAAACCAGCGGGUCUAUCUGCAGUUAUUUUUGUUGUGUUUGAUAACUGACUGUAAUGCCCUAGUUGUAGUUACAUGUGUAUAUAUAGUACAGUGUAUAGGGUCUAUAUAAACCCAUACAUGCACAUUCUGCAUUAACAUUUUAAACACAAAUAACAUGCACACGUUUCGACCCCACACCUUUGCACAGCUGUACCGGAUCAUGAGACUGAACUUCUCAGCGAUGGUACCGUUCUCUUCAGUCGCGUCUUCGAAAUGCAUAGUUUAUAAUGUCUUAACUGUUUAUGCAACGUGAAGCUUGCUGAUCAGGUGCACAUGACAGUCAGAAGGGCAAUUGGCAAGUGUCUUUUCCUUUUUUUUUUUCGUAAUGUUUACUGACAUUUUGUAAUUGUGGUGAAUGUGAAGGUCGUAACUGAAGCUCAAGCUAGUUCAUGUAAGACUUUGUGAAAAGGUUUCGUAACUCUGUCAAGAAGAGAUUAAUGAAAACGUUGCCAUUGAUGUUUACUAAACUGCCAACUGUGGAUGUAACCUAUUAAAAUCCAGGUCUUUAUUCUUGUGACAGAAAAAUAAAUGUAACAGUAUUGUGAAAUAAA